AGCAGCCCAACUUGUUGCACAGCUGUCCUGAAUGUUACUCAACUCCAGCAGCUUUCCUCAGAUAGUCACAGUAAGAAACAUGUUGUCCAGUCCGUCGGGUUUAACUGAGUGUUUGCGGGAAUGGGAGGAUUUAGAGAAGAACUACCAACAAUUCCAGGACACCCACCGUCUAUACAAACAGAAACUUGAGGAAGUGACCAAACUGCAAGACAGCUGCUCCGGUGCUAUAGCACGUCAGAGGAAGAAAAUGAAAGAGCUCGCUGAGUCACUAGGAGUAUGCAAAGAAAAACAUCCAACACCCAAAUUAAACCCCGAUGACGUGGAAACAAUCGCUGAAAUCGAGGAGUCCAUCAAAGACAGAGCGUACGCUUUCUCUGAGAUGGAAGCUUUUCUGCCAAAGAAGAACGGGUUAUACCUCACUCUUGUUUUAGGAAACGUCAACGUAACUCUCCUCAACAAGCAGACAAAGUUUGCUUACAAAGACGAAUACGAGAAAUUCAAACUGGUCCUCACGGUCAUCCUCUUCGUGUUCUCCUUCACAUGCCGCUUUUUGUUCAGCUACAGAGCCCUAGAUGCCAUGUUCAACUUCCUGUUGGUGUGGUACUAUUGUACACUCACCAUCCGGGAGAGUAUCCUCAUCAGCAACGGCUCAAGGAUCAAAGGUUGGUGGGUUUUCCAUCACUAUGUGUCGACCUUCCUGUCUGGAGUCAUGCUCACCUGGCCUGAGGGCGCUCUCUACCAGAUGUUUAGGAACCAGUUCCUGACAUACUGUCUGUACCAAAGUUUUGUCCAGUUUCUCCAGUACUACUACCAGAGUGGCUGCUUGUACAGACUCAGAGCGCUGGGAGAAGGACACACUAUGGACAUUACAGUCGAGGGUUUCCAGUCCUGGAUGUGGAGAGGCUUGACCUUCCUCCUUCCUUUCUUGUUCUUCGGUCAAUUCUGGCAGCUCUACAACGGCUUAACACUUUUCCGGAUGUUUCAGCUCCCGGAGUGUAAAGAGUGGCAGGUUGCGAUGUGCGGCUGCUCUUACAUGGUGAUCUUCAUGGGAAACUUCUUCACCACACUGGGAAUGGUUUACCAGAAAUACACCAAGACCCAGGACAAGUCCAAGCGCUUAUAAAGACUUCAAAUAACGUACAGAUUCACCAAAAAAUCCUCCAAAAAAGUUACCAUUAGCUCUAAUAUUCUCUUUAGAGCUCUUUAUCCAUGUUGUGAUUGUUGUUGCUAUAAUUUUAUCAGCAUCUUUUUGAUUUAAUGUGUAAAUGAUGGUCAAAGCAAUACGUUGUACGGGUAGGUCAUAGACCGGGUCUUACUGAGUGACGCUAAGGUUGUUACAGCAGGAUAUUAUGAAAAGAAAAUGUUACUGAAUAUGCAGAUAACUAAGUUAUUGCAUCAUAUUCACAUUAGGAAAUCAAAAGUUUGUUGCUCAGCAGCUGCAGUGUAUUUUCGCCUUACAGAAAGUGCUUAAUAAAACACUCCUCCAAAGAACCGCAUGUUCUUGUUUUCACUGUUUCUCCUCCAAACCUCUCAGAUUAUUACAUUUAAAUGAAAGGGAAAUGAUGAAAUAUUUUAGAUUAAGUUAGAGAAAAGUCCUCUUGUCAAAAGUCAAAUGUCAAAAGUUUUUGAUACUAAA